AUGUUCUGGGUUCCUGUCCUGUUGGCUCUCUUUGCCUUCUGCACAGGUUCUGAGUCUCAGCCAGUGCUGAAGCAGCCGCCGUCAGUGUCCUCGCCCCUGGGAACCACAGUCCACCUGGCCUGCACCUUGAGCAGUGACUAUGACAUCAGCAGUUAUGCCAUCUACUGGUACCAGCAGAGACCUGGGCACCCGCCCCGGUUCCUGCUGAGGUAUUUCUCCCACUCCAACAAGCAGCACGGUGCCAAUAUCCCUCCUCGCUUCUCAGGAUCCAAAGACGCGUCUGUGAACACUGGGUAUCUGAGCAUCUCUGAGCUGCAGCCUGAGGAUGAGGCUCUGUAUUAUUGUGCCGCAUGGUAUGUCUUUGGUGCAGGGACCCAGCUCUUCGUUCUCGGCCAGCCCAGUUCCACACCCGUGGUCACUCUGUUCCCACCCUCCCCGGAGGAACUCCGGAUCCACAAGGCCACGCUGGUGUGUCUGAUCAGUGACUUCUACCCUCGUACCCUGACGGUGGCCUGGAAGGCGGACAGCCGCCCCAUCACGCAGGGCGUGGAGACCUCGGAGCCCUUGCAGCAGGGCAACCUCAAGUAUGUGGCCAGCAGCUUCCUGAGCCUGUCCACAGAGCGGUGGAACUCCCACGGCCAAAUCAGCUGUGAGAUCACACACGAGGGCAGCACCGUGAAGAAGACGGUGACCGCCGCAGAAUGCCGUUAG